AUGAGUUUAGAAUCCUUGUUUCAGCACAUCAUCUUCUCGGAGCAUCAGGCCGAGGAGAGUCGCCGCAUGAUCCGAGAAGUAAGGUCAGAAAUAAACAGAUGUCGUGAAGAAAUGAAGAAAGCAACAGAGGAGCUGAAUGAAGAGAAAAUCAAGUUGGAAUCUAAGGUUCAGCAGUUUUCUGAAAAAACCUUCCUCUUACAGCUUUGGAAAAUUCAUGAAAAUGCCUUAGAAAGACAGUGCAGUGAAAUUACAAGCCAGAGGAAUAUGCUUCUCCAAACCUUUGGGGCUACAAAGAAAAAAGUAACAGAGGAGGAAGAAAAAUUUAUUAAGGAAAUUACAGACUUCAAUAAUGAGUAUGAAGUAACAAAGAAAAGAAAGCUUUUGAUAAAAGAAAAUGUCAAGAUGGAAAUAUCUGACUUAGAAAACCAGGCAAACAUUUUGAAGAGAGAAGUGAAGUCAAUGGAACAUGAUAGUGGCCAGUUACGUGAACUUCAAAAACAAAAGAGUGAAUUAGCACAAGAAUUACUUACUGUGCAGAGAAAACUUAAAGUUUUUGAAGAUAAAAAGAAUGAAGCAAUUUGUACUACCAAAUACCUAGAGGCAGAAAAAGUAAAAAUCAAUGAAAAGCCUCAAAAUGAUGCUGAAUGCUUAAGACUUAAAAAGGAAUUAGAACUUUAUAAGGAAGAUGACAUGCAAAGUGCUUGGGAAGCUCUCCACGCAGAAAUAGAAGUUUUGGAGUCGACAUUGGCACAGAAGGAUCUUCAGGAAAACAAAUAA